AUGAGUGCGCGAGGGCUCCCAGCCGGCGGUAGAUUGCUGGUGGACUUGCCAGAGCAUCAUAUUCAAGAGAUCCGGCCAACAAGCCCGCACAAGAUCAGCUCAGCCGCUGUAGGAUGCAAAACUACAGGCUGGCUCACCGUCCCAAGCCCUCGACCUAGGGGUAACUCGACCUCUCCCGAACUCACAUCUGGAUCAUUCUCGCAACCAACCGUGACUGCGGCCGAACCCGUGUCAACUACGAUACUAAAUAAAGCCGAAGCACCGAAACCUGACGAUGGCACGGAAGCAGAUUUUAAGGUGCAAAACAAUCCAUUCGCAUUUUCCCCGGAUCAGCUGUCUAUGCUCUACAAUCCGAAAAGUCUCGGUGUUUUUCAUGCGCUCGGUGGUCUUGAAGGAAUUGCAAAGGGUCUCCGAACCGACGUCAAGGCUGGCCUGAGCAUCGACGAAGCGCGCCUCGAUUGUUUUGAACUAUGGGAGGAUACUAUCAAGAGCCCGCCACUUUCCCGUGAUUCUAGCCAAGAGGGACCUGGAAUCCCUACAGACCUUCGCUCUAGUUCUACACCAAAUCACGCGAGCUCAUCGAACCUUUUCGCCGACCGCAAGCGCAUAUUCUCCGAAGAAAGGCCGGUUGGGCGUAAACCGAUAGAUAUCUGGCAACUGAUACUGAAGACGUACGAUACCAAGGUGCUCGUCCUGCUCAGCGCUGCAGCUGUCGCGCAGCUUGUUUGCGCGUUAUAUGUACAGCUGCAAAGUCCUUGCGAACUACGCUUCGUUGCCGCGACAUUUGCUGUCAUUGGAAUUAGCACUAUGCUAGCGGCUUGGAAAGGACGCAGAAGGAAAGAGAAGUCCGCUGACAGACAAAGGCAGAAAGAAGAUCGACUUGUCAAAGUGGUACGAGCGAGCCAGACAUACGAGAUACUCGUCAAGGAGAUCCUUGCUGGCGAUGUUGUUCAUUUGGAGCCCGGAGACAUGGUCGUUGCAGAUGGCAUACUCGUUGAGGGUUACAACAUCAAGUGCGAUGAGUCUUUCAUCACAGGCGAGUCUGGCUUGUCUACCAAAACGCCGGGUAGUGCAAUACACGACUCUUCAAGCACCAAGCUUGACCCGCUCAUCCUGUCAGGAUCCAGAGUAGUUGAUGGUCUCGGGACUUUCUUGGUCACGGCAACCGGACAACGUUCCUUGUACGGAAAGAAUGUACUGGAUCGCUGUGAAGACUCUAUGCAUGACGAUUACGAUUUGUUCUUACAAGGCUGCACAUACACAUGGAACGCCCUCAUCAUCGAGUUCGCAAACACGGCUUUUUCGUUCAUUACAUUCCUUGCCGAAUGUGUCACAGAUACACUCAGAGAAAGCAGACUCGUACGAAAGCCUCGAAGUCAUGGAACCUUGGCUCGCUCGAUCACUACCUACUUCAACAAUACUGGCACACCAACACAAGACACCAAGCGUGUGGCCCGCCCACUUCGCUAUAUAUUUAAGUCUACGAUCAACUCUACGAGUGACCCAUCUGCAUUGUACUCUCCAAGCAAAGAAGAAAGUAAACUUGAUACACUACUCAGACAAGCGAUCGCUGUUAGUACCAUGGGCUAUGGGGUUGGCUUUGUUUGGGUAGGAUCUAAAUCGGACUAUGCGCUACUUGAAUUUGCGAGAAAAAGCCUUGAGUUGAACGUCUGGUCAGAAAGAGCCAAAGCAAACAAUUUUCGGGUCUGGUCUGGUCAGAAGUUUGUCGGAUCCGUUCUUGUCGUGGAUGGUGGAUACCGUUUGUACGUAAACGGUGACGCACAAUCUGUCUUCCGGCAUUGCUCUCACAUUUCGGCCAACGAUGGAUCAUCGCUACCCCUAGACAAAAAGGACGGAUCAGCCCUUACAAAGACUCUAAAGGAAUCUCCUUCGAGGUUUGUUGCCCUCGCUUAUAAGGACUUCUCAACGUUACCUCAGACAAACGAAGAUGGCAACAUAGACGUAGCUGCAUUCCUCGACUCUUCCAAUGAUCUGGUAUUGCUCGAGGCCUUCGCCAUCGAGAAGCCGAUCGCUACAAGCCCGGGCAGAUACGAUUCGAUCGAGACCGCGCAACGUUCAAGGGCUCUCAGGAGAACAAGAUCAGUAUUCUCACAGCGUCCUUCUGCGCUAUGGAUGCUGUUAGCACUAUUCAGCCCCACUGUCACUGCGCAGAGUCCGAAUGCCGACGUACAACCGAUGUGGAAGCGGCGAAGCCUAGCUAUGCUCGAAGAGAUCCUGGUAUCAUGCGCUUUUCUCGUCGCUCCGGCUAUAAUAUUGAUUCUAUGUCUCAUCAUCGCCAUAUGGUUCCGAUACUUCAAGAAGGAGACAUCGGCCUUCUUUGGCAUGCUGUGUAUUGCAGCAGUGCUCCAAUCGAUCCGCGCACCAUCAAGCAACGAUGGCACGGAUGAUACAGGAAUCAUCCGACUGGCGACAGGCUUUGGCUACGGUAUGUUCAUGCUCGUAUACUGUGAGCUUGUGAUGCUUCGUAAUGACGGAGGGAAGCUGUUCUGCUUCAUCGCAUCAACUAUCAGUAUAUUCGCGACGCUUGUUCUUAUGGCGUUCGCAUCAGUACGAACUUACUGGCUGGAUCGUACCAAACUUGAUCCGUUCUUCGCACUUGCUAUAGCCAUCCCGCUCAGCUUCUAUCUGUGCGACCUGACGGUCUAUAUUAUCAAGCAGCUAAAUGGCCAGGAGAGGGUUGGCAAUGACUCGGUCCCCAACAUCUCAUCCGAAAGCAGUCUGCCUGAAGGACGACGGACGAGCGGUCUGCCUUAUUUUGACACGGCUGGUCUACGAUCUCGCAGCAUCUUCAAUGGGUCUUAUGAUAGCGAUCCCCACGAACUUGAGCUCGGAUAUCUAGAAGCAGGUCUGUCUCCGCCAGCGACUUCCCAACAAGACUAUGCUGGUGGUCUGCUUGCAUCGAUCAAGCGCUUGCUCGACAAAUUCGAUCGUUACCGCCGUUAG